UUUGCUUCAUGCUGUCUGGAGCACUGCUGGUAAAACUGCAUUCGCCACCAUCAUCAACAAGAAAAGAAAAUGGAGGUCAGAACGUUGCAUUGACUGCAGUCUGAACAAAAUUAAUGCUAACAAAAAAGUAUCUCUAAUAGAAGAGUUUCAGUCUUCAUUGUUGACAAGCGUGGAAGGUUGAUACAAGCAGAUAUUCUGUUUCAAAAGUAGUCUCUCUGCUAUGGAGGAGAGUGUGAGCCCUGAGCUGGCUCAAGCCCCAGAGCCUGAGUCCAGCCAGGAUCCAGUGGAUACCAGCUCACAAGAAUCUGUCUUAGAAGUCGUCAAAGAUCAAAAAGACCCAGAUUAUGUUGUUGAAGAUAAAAUAGAGGACCCUGAAAAAUCCAAGCCCUCUCGUGAGUUUAAGAAGACUUGGGGCUUUCGUCGGACUACCAUAGCUAAGAGGGAAUUCCCAGGAGAGAUGGUAGCAGAGUCCCCAGAGGGCAAAAGUGCCCCAGUGCGUCGCAGCGGUAGGCAGGCUAAGCGCACAGAUAAACUGGAAGAGUUUCUGGUCACUGUGAAGCGUGGAAGAGGAACGGGAAGAAGGAGUUGUCCUUCACGGUUUGAGGGAGGGGAUCCUCCAUCUCAGACCCCAACUGAUGCCGAAACGGCCUCCGAAGCCAGCUUUGAUGGAAACGCAGAGGCCAAAACAGAGGAACAGAAAGUUACCUCUCCAGGAAAAAGGAAAAGGGGCCGAGGAAGGAGAGCGGUCAAGCGUAAAGCAGGCGGUGAUUCAGACAGUGAUGACGGCAGCUCUGAAAAUGAAGAGGAAGCUGGAUUUGAAGUAACCAAAGAGUCUCAAGAACAUGUUGAGACUGGGGCCAGUGUUGAAGAUGGAAAGGUUGAGGAAUUAAAAGAUGAAGAACAAGCAAUUGAUGUGAAGAAAGAGGAUGAUGGGGAGGAGGAGAUGUGUAAGAAGAGCAAUGAGAAGUCCCCAAACGAGUCAAUAAGUAGACGACCUUCCAGAGCAAUCAGUAAAGACAAUAAAAGAGACACUAAUCCCAAAGCUGAAGCAAAGAUCUGCGAGGAGGAUGAUGAUGAUGAGUUGUCGUCGUCGUCGUCGUCGUCCAGUGAGUCCGACAGCGAUGGCUAUGACCCUAAUGCACUAUACUGCAUCUGCAGGCAGAAGCACAACAAAAGAUUCAUGAUCUGCUGCGAUCGUUGUGAGGAGUGGUUUCAUGGCGACUGUGUUGGCAUCACUGAGGCACGAGGCCGACUGAUGGAGAGAAAUGGAGAGGACUACGUUUGUCCUAAAUGCAACACACAGAAGGGGCAGAUUCCCAAGACCAGUGCAUCCACUGCAGAAGCAGAGAAUGGCAAACGGCUAGUAGCUGGCCCUCGUAAAUCAGAGUGCAGUCCUGAUGCUGGCAGCACAUCAGCUACAUCGAGCACUGCUAUAGCUGCUACAGAGGAGAAAACUGCUGAUGACCUGGGCAUAAAGGGCAGGAUCGAGAAGGCUACCAAUCCAAGUGGGAAAAAGAAAAUAAAGAUUUUCCAGCCGCAGGUGACUGCAGCCGAGGGGUCUUCUCUCCCAAAGUGCAUCGGCCCUGGAUGUGAGAAUGACGCCCUCCCCGACACCGUCUACUGUGGGAAUGACUGCAUACUCCGACAUGCCGCAGCUGCCAUGAAGACCAUUACCACUGAUGGAAAAGAUUCCAAACAGAAAGAAAGGGGCAAACCUAAAAAGAACACUAAUAAAUCGCUGCAUAAGAGGGGUUCUGGCCCUAAAAGGAGAUCCUCUAACCAAGCUGACACUAAGGAAUCAAAGUCUGAGACAGAUGAGGAUGACGAUGAUGAAGACAAACACGCUGAGGAGCAACCGCCUCCGCCAGCCAUGUCAUCCUGGUCCAGUGACCAUAAUUACAUUGCAGUAACUCCAGAAAAGACUACACCCAUAUCAGCAUCUGUGUUAAACAAAGCGUCUGCCCAAAAAGACAAAGAAAAGGAGGACAUUGAAAGGGUCAAACCAGAGAAGGAGACAGCAUCUGCUGACAAGAAAGCUCCUGCUUCAAAUGUUGCUCCCAAAGGUGGGAAAAAGUCUCCUGGCUUAAAGGGCAUAAAAGGAGCUGCUGCCAUCUCUACUCCUACCAAAGGCAAAACAAGUGCAGCUCCUUUGGGCAGUGCCAGAGACUUGAGGAAACGGACCCCACCACAAUGCAAUUUGGGUAAAUCCAAGAAGCCAGGACCUCCACCACCACCAAUUCCAGUCUUAUCACCAUCAGGCCCUGCAGGAUCUCGGCACCAUGCCUCUGGGGCUCUCAGAGUGGCCAAAAGCACCUUUACAAUCCCCAAAAAGCAGCCACAGACUGUGCCAAAGGAAUCUGCAGAGGCUGGUCCCUCUCCAAUUUCUAGAACCCCACCCUCACAAAUGUUAUCCAUUCCAUCCAUCCAACAUCCAGUGUCUAAACCAACCCAACCUCCACCCCCUGCUGCUCCACCACAGCCACCACCCAACAACCAGAUGAGAUCCAACAUCAGACGGUCACUGACUGAUAUCCUGUACAAAAGGGUGAGUGACAGUGAUGAUCUGUCCAUGUCUGAGAAUGAAGUGGGAAAGUUGGCGAUCAGCAUUGAGAAGGAGAUGUUUAGUCUUUAUAUGAACACUGAUAACAAGUACAAGAAUAAAUACAGGUCCCUUAUGUUCAACCUGAAGGACCCUAAAAACAAGGGCCUGUUCUAUCGUGUGGUUGGUAGUGAGAUCAGUCCUUUCAGGCUGGUAAGGUUGAGUCCAGAAGAACUUCUUUCCAAGGAGAUGUCAGAUUGGAGAAAGACUGAGAACUCUGAGGGUUUGGAUAUAAGUGGGAGAUCCCAGCCAGGACAGCCCAAAACUGGAUCCAGACAAGAAGGUGCACCCCCAGAUGUAGACAUGGAGGAAGCUCCUCCAAUGUCUGAUGGAGAUGUAUGUAUGCCUGCCACUUCCCAAUCUCCCUGCUUGGCUUCUGCUGCUGACCCCCAGGAGGACACACGGCCUACUUCUGCGACACACACCUCAAUUUCCACUGGGAAGGGCAGUGCAAUGCCAGAUAUCUUCAGUAGUAUGCUUAAAGACACUACAGCAGAGCACAGGGCUCAUCUUUUUGACCUAAACUGCAAGAUCUGUACAGGUCAGAAGUCUGCUGAUGACGAACCACCAUCCAAAAAAAACAAAAUGUCUGUCUCUAAAAAGCCAGAGCCACCUGUUAAAGCUAAACUAGAGCCACGGACUUCUAAAGCCCCUGGUGUAGAACCUUCCCAAGUGUCAUCUUAUUCUGGUGUUGAGACUGCUGUGCCUGAUACUAUGUCUGUGAUGGAUGAUCCAAGCAGUGUCAUGACAGUUGUUCAGGCCCCAGUCACUGCAGCUGUACCAGCUGUCUCCUCCGUUACAAUAACUCGAAGGGAUCCUCGUACUGCAGGUCACCGGUCAUCACUGCCUGUGUCUCAGGCUGUUCCUGAUAUUAGUGUUCCAACAAUGCCAGCCAGUAUCCCAGUUUCUGAGCCUAUGGUUGUUGAAACAAAGGGUCCAUUGCCUAUGCCCCCUCCUGCCCCAGCAUCAGUACCUAGGCCUGUGAUGCAAAAACCGGCAUCUUCGCAAGAUGUGCGGCACUAUGGGUCCAAUACUGCCAGUGCAUCAGAACCCCGUCCUGAGGGUGAAACAGCUUUGUUCUUGUCUGGUCAGGAAAUGAUGUGGAAAGGGUUGAUAAACAUGCACACUGUUGCCAAGUUUGUCACGAAAGCCUACAUGGUUUCUGGAUCAUUUGAGCAUAUUAAGGAGGACUUGCCUGACACCAUUCAUAUUGGUGGAAGAAUAUCGCCCCACACGGUGUGGGAUUAUGUGGGAAAGUUGAAGACUUCACUGUCAAAAGAACUGUGUCUCAUUCGUUUUCAUCCAGCGACUGAAGAGGAAGAGGUGGCGUAUGUGUCUCUGUUUUCUUAUUUCAGUAGCCGUAAGCGGUUUGGGGUAGUGGCUAACAGUAACAAGCGCAUUAAAGACCUCUACCUUAUCCCUUUGAGCUCAAAAGAUCCACUGCCUGCAAAGCUCCUACCAUUUGAUGGACCAGGGCUGGAGCCAGCACGUCCCAAUCUCCUCUUGGGGUUGUUGAUUUGCCAGAAGGACAAGAAGCGUCCCGGAGCCCCUCUGGAGAAUGAGGAAAAACGUCCUAAAACUCUAAGGGAUGAUGAAACGGGCCUUCCAAAACCAUCCAUUGUUAAUAAAUUUGAAAUAAAACAUGAAAAAGGUCUUCAAACUAGUCUUGAUGCCAUAAGCACUACUCCCCCAGACACCCCACCACCCCUCAAUUCCUCUGAGUCUUCAAGUUCUGUUGCAACUUCUGUGUUUUCCAUCCUCUCUUCUGUUAAAGCACCUGACAUCACCACUAGCACAGGCAAUAAUUCUCCAUCAUCCAAUGUCACAGCAGCAUCUGCGGUCUCUUUCACGCCGCUUCAGACCAUCCUGAAAACACUUUUUGGUAAGAAGAAACAAGAUUCUGAUGUCUCGUUGUCACCUUCAGAUCAAAAUUCUGUAGAGGUCUCUGUGCCUUCUGUGUCUCUGCUAGACCCAAUUGUACAAAAGUUUGCAAUAAGCAAGAGUAAAGAGGUUGAAGUACAGGAUGAUAGACCAUACGAUCCUGAGGAAGAAUAUGACCCAACUGUUGGCUAUGGUACAGAAAAAAACCCUGAUGCAACAAAAGUAUCUGCAGCAAAUAAGCCAGCAGAGGUCUCCUCUAGUGUGGUGGAUGAUAUUGCUUAUGACCCUGAGGAUGACUCUAUUUUUGAUGAUGUAAGGGUUGAGCCAGGUGCUAAGAAAUUAACUGAGCAGCAGAAAGUGCUUGAAGACAACAAACAAACUGAGGAACCGAAACGGCAGUUAGAGGGUCAUAAGGAACCAAUUAUUCAACAAAUACCAGAGACUUUGAUUUCUCAGCCUGUUACAUCUCUGCUGGCUAACAGUCAGUUGUUGCAGCUUGGUAAAAAGGUUGAGGAAUUAGUGGCCAAAAGCUCAGCUGCUCAAAUUAUUAACCAGAGAAGAGACCCAAGGCAGAGUAGGGAUCCUAGACAGGCAGCUGCAAAUAGAAGACAGACGUCUGAUUCUAUAGAGAAAGAGGAGCAAUCCCCUGUUACUAUAGACGCAUCGCUACAGCAAGCUGCAGUGAUAGAGACACCGUCAUCAGAAGCCUGCAUAGACACACAAACAACACAGCUGGACAUAACUGUUGAUACACCAGUAGAACAACCUACAACCACAGACACGCCUCUAUCACAAGUCUCCGCCACUUUGGAUUCUCAAGUGCAGCCUGACAUCCUGCAACCAGAAUCAUCCAAUCCUGAGGAGGAGAGCAAAAGUGAAGUGGUGCCUUUCCUUAAUACAGAGACCACUAUUACAGAGAGCACAGAGGUUUCUAUUCCAUUAUUAGGGGACAAGAUCGACCCAGAGUUAGUUGAAAGCUAUAUGGAAAAUGAACCAGAAGAACCCAAAAUUGAAGAUGAUCCCAUUGAAUCUGAAAGUAAAAGUUUUGAGGAGGUUUGGCCUAAUUCUGCAAGUAUUCUAAAAGCUGAUCACGGUUCAUCCAGUGGACAGCCUAUUAAGUCCACUGCAACCACAUAUUACAACAUUUCAACAAUCAGUACCUCAUCAUCUGCUUCUAUACACUCAGGGAUGCCACAAAAUAUCAUCCAUGACAACUCAUCUUACAUGGAUUCUCACAGUUCCCAUAUACAACACAUAACGACAACAAACCCUCCUAACAUUCCUCCUCCAAUGUCUUUUCCUCCCCCUAUUGGGCCUCCACCCAUUCUUGGUCCACCUCCAUUGCAAGGCCCACCACCAAUGACUGUUCCACCUCCCAUGCAUCUCCCUCCUCCAAUGUCAGGGCCACCGCCAAUGCCAAUUCCCCCAAUGCAAGGUCCACCUCCAACCCUCAUAGAAAAUGAUCCCUCUAAGUAUCCACCAACUGGAUCAUAUCCGCCUUACCAGAAUCAGUGGGGGAGCGGUUCUCAAUAUGAUGCUCCAAGAGGUCCACCCCCUCCUAAUUUUACACCAAGAGGACCACCUUCAUUCCAACCAAUGGGUCAGAGAUGUCCUCCUCCUCAGAUAUUUGAUAAUUCUAUGAAUUCAGUACCCCCUCAGCAUAUCAGACCAAGAGGCCCACUACCAGGGCCUCCACCACAUGGACCACCCCCUCCCAACUUUGAUGGACAAAGAUUUAAUGGACCUCCACCCCCUUUUAACUUCUCUGGACCUAGGGGCCCACCUCUGCCAUUCCCAGGCCCCCCUCCAAAUCACUUUGAUAAUAGAGCCCACCCACCAUCCCACUUCCCAGGACCAAGAGGACCACUUCCCCCUCUUAACAUUGGGGACCAUGGACCGCCAUCUAAUAUUUCAAGAGGACCUGGUGAUAAAUAUGAUGAUGCUGGAAGCUCAUAUCAUCAGGGAAUGGAUAAACCCCAAAUACCCUCACAAGGGCCUCCUUUUAGGGGACCAUCACCAAACCACUUUGAUGGACGAAGAGGACCCCCUGGUCCAACAGGUGAUAUGUCAGGACAGCGAUUUCCACCUGCAAUCCAGUUUCGUGGUUCACCUCAACACAGAGGGUCAUUUGAGGAACCACGGGGGAGUUCAUCUCAAGACUUUGAAAGGCACUGUGGACCAUCAGUGCAGCAGUUUGGUGGGCCAAGAGGUCCUCCACCAGGACAUUUUGAUAAGGACGCUCUCGGCCAGCCAGCACGAUAUAGCUAUAAUGAUGAUAACUCAAGUGAUGUUAGACCUGUUCGUGGGCCUCUGCUUCCAACACCACCUGAUGGUCCCAUCCCAGUACAGGGACGUGUAGGUGGACACAGUCCAGACACCCAUCGUGAUGACCACUGGAGACGGCACUCCCCUGAAAUGAGGCGGCGAAGCUGCUCCACCAGAGAUGGUUCAGAGCCUCACAACCGACCAAGUAGGUUUGAUGGUGGGUCUCGUGACAGAGAUGGCCCUUCACGAUUGUCUGAAGAGAGGCAGCGUGAUUUGUCUGAAGAUAGGAGGAGGGAGAGAGAUCGAGAAAGUGGAAGAUCAUGGGGCUGGAACAGGGAACAUGAAUGGGACAGAGGCAGAGAAAGGGAUCGUGAAAGAGACCGGAGCAGAGAAAGAGAUAGGGAGCGGGGUCGCAGCCGGGAAAGGGAAAAAGAGCAUAGCAGAGAGAGGGAUCGCAGUAGGGGCAGAGAAUCUGAGCGAGAUGGAGACAAGAGGAGAGACCGGGAUGGAGAUGGAGACAAGAGGAGAGACCGAGAUGGAGAUGGAGACAAGAGGAGAGACCGGGAUGGAGAUGGAGACAAGAGGAGAGACCGGGAUGGAGAUGGAGACAAGAGGAGAGACCGGGAUGGAGAUGGAGACAAGAGGAGAGACCGGGAUGGAGAUGGAGACAAGAGGAGAGACCGGGAUGGAGAUGGAGACAAGAGGAGAGACCGUGAUGGAGAUGGAGACAAGAGGAGAGACCGGGAUGGAGAUGAAGACAAGAGGAGAGACCGGGAUGGAGAAGGAGACAAGAGGAGGGACCGGGAUGGAGAAGGAGACAAGAGGAGGGACCGGGAUGGAGAAGGAGACAAGAGGAGGGACCGGGAUGGGGAAGGAGACAAGAGGAGGGACCGGGAUGGGGAAGGAGACAAGAGGAGGGACCGGGAUGGGGAAGGAGACAAGAGGAGGGACCGGGAUGGAGAUAGAGAUCGAGGCAGGGAGAGAGAGCAGGACAGAAAAGACCAUGAUCGAGACCGAGCCAAGAACAGAGACCGAGAGAGAGACAGAGAUCGUGACAGCAGGGACAGGAGAAGAGAACGCUCAAGGAGUCGUGAACGAGAACGUGGAAAAGACCGUGACAGAAGAGAUCGGGACAAAGAUAGAGGAAAGGAGAAAGACAGACGGGACAGGAGCAGGAGCAAAGAAAAGAAUAAUUACAAAAGAGAAAGAUCUGACAACUGGAGGGCAAAGUCUACAGAGUCUGAAACUGCAUCAUGAAGAUCAUUCAUCUUGGAAGAACAUUUUUCUGGAUGUUUUUUCCCUUCUAAAUAUGUGUGGAUUUGAAAGUUGCGCUUGAACCUCCCUUUUUGUACUUUUUUUUUUUUUUGUUGUUGUUGAAUAUUUUAUCCUUUUUACAUUUAAAGUCAUUGAUGCUGAUAAUAUCUGUAGGUGUAUUCCUAGUGAUAUUUUUGCCAGCACAAAAUACUCUCUCCACAUACUGCUGUUUUAUAUCUAAAAAAAAAAAAAAAACCUAUGAAAGGAAAGUAACAGAAAAAAAACAAUACAUGUAAAUAUGUAUGUAUUUGUGUAUAUACCGGUACGUUUUAACGACUUUUGUUUUUUUCAAAAUAGAGAAAUUGAAAGCCAUAUAGCUUUAAAAUUAUAAGGAAAAGAAAGUUGUCCUCCGUAGAAGGUCUUUGUAUCGUUAAAGCGCAAAUAAAUCCUCUCUGUGAUUAUAAUGAAUAUCUUUGUGCAAUAUUUUCUCUGCUGUCUUGGAUAUUCUGAAUAAAAUACUUUCAUUUAAAGUCUAGUUUCAUACAGGGUCUAUAAUAGUUUAGAACAUUUUAUAUAUGACCAACAAGACUUAAAACUUUAAGUAGGAUAAAUUGUGUGGUUUAAAAGAAACAUGCUGUUUAAGUGGUCCCAAAAAGCUUUGUAAAGUUGGCAGAAUGUAGCUGAUUCAGGACUACUAGAUUUUUGAUAAAGAUUGAUGUUUAAAAAAAUAAAAGGUUACAAUAGAUAUAAACAUGUUGGCCAAUGAGUGUGCCGGCCUUAAUUACAUUUACAUUCAUGCAUUUGGCAGACGCUUUUAUCUAAAGUCACAAUGUGCCUUCAAGGUAUACAUUUUAUCAGUUUGUUUCAUGUUUUUGCAUAAGCAGUGUUAUAUGUUAAAAGGUAUCACCCAUGGGAAAUU